AUGAUUGCGGAGGCUGAAAAUGAGUUGUUUCAGAAGUCUAAAGAGGAUAAGAAGAGGAAGCCAGACAAUAGAGGAGGAUCAUCUCAUCAAGGGAGGUUCCAAAAGAAAGGGAAGUUUCAAGGAGGAGGAAAUCCUAAUCUUAAGAGAAUAGGCAGUGGUGGACAAGGAGGACGUUUUCUUACGGGAAGUCAGGCCAAUCAGCAAAGGCCUUCAAUGCCAGAAUGUCAAACGUGUGGCAAGAGACAUGGAGGAGUAUGUAACAAACUGAAUGUGGUAUGUUUUAAAUGCAACCAGAAAGGACACUACUCUAGAGAAUGUCAGAACCAGCCAGCAAUAAAGGAUCAGACCAAUAGAGGCUCAACAAGUAAGACUCCAGCCAUAGGAUAUACAUGUUUUAAAUGUGGAAAGCCAGGACAUAUGGCUAAGGACUGCAAGACACCAGCCCCUGUUAGCAAUGCACUUAGAAUCAUGGGAACUGUUCCAGAAGUGAAUGAACCUCCUAGGGCAAGAGUCUUUGAUAUGUCAGUGGAAGAUGCUAUUCAGGAUGCCGAUGUGGUGACAGGUACGCUUAAUGUAAACUCUAUAAAUGCCAAGGUGUUAAUUGAUUCUGGAGCCACUAGAUCAUUUAUUUCUCAAGCUUUUGUUGAUAAGUUGAAUUGUCCGGUUGAAUUGUUGAAUGAGGUUAUGAAUGUAGAACUAGCUAAUCAGGAUCGUAUCUCUAUUAAUCGAGUUUGCCCUGAUUGUGAAAUUGAGAUUUUAGGAAAUAAGUUUUGUGCCGACUUGAUACCUUUCAAGUUGGGGGGAGUUUGA